CACCUUAGCGUCGCACCCACGCCCGCCGCCGUUCGCGCAGACGUCAUAGCGAGAUGGGCGGACUUUCGAAGUUAGCAAACCCACCAACGGCGCUGCGACUACGACCAAUCCCCAGAACACGUCGAGUGCGCAGCAAGAAAUGGGCGCCGUGAAAAAGUAUGAAAUCACAGAGCCAUGGAUUCGCUACAACUGUUCACUCGGCGAGGGCCCCUUCUGGGAGGACCGCACCAACACGCUCCGCUUCAUCGACAUUGAGCGCCAGGAGCUGCACACCGUCGAUCUCGCGGUAGGGCCGUCCAGCCACAAGGUCGUGAAAAAGAUGGACAUUUCCAUGGGCUGCACCGCCGACAUUGAGGGCAAUGAGAAGGAGUUCAUCUUUGGAGGCAAGUACGGCUACGGUAUUUGCAACCGAGAAACAGGAGAGUAUCGGUGGAUCAAAAGGGUCUGGAACGAUGAGGAGGUCAAGGACGGCAAGCCGGAGCGCAUGCGAGCGAACGAUGGAGCCGUCGACUCGCAGGGCCGAUUCUGGGUUGGGUUCAUGAAUGACCCCCUGGUUGCAGAAGUGGUCGACGAAGGUGCCGUUUUCCGCCUCGAUCCGGACCUCUCCCUCCACAGGCCCCUAUCCAACAUCACCAUCCCGAACGGCACCACCUGGAACAAGCAGGACAACAUCAUGUACUUCGCCGACAGUCCCUCGCGCUCCAUAUCGCAAUUCGAUUUUGACCCCGUUACCGGCACCCUCAGCAACCGGCGCACCUUCUUCACCAUGCCCGAAAAGACGUAUGGGGAAGGUUCCGUGCCAGAUGGGCAUUGCAUCGACGAGGAAGGGUACAUGUGGACGGCCGUGCACGGCGGAGGCGUCGUGCUCAGAAUCUCCCCUCAGGGCGAGAUUGUGGCCGAAGUCAAGGUGCCCACCCAGCAGUCCACCUGUCCUUGCUUCGUGGGCGAGGACUUGAUCAUCACCAGUGCUGGAGGCACCGGAGGUCCGGAUGGAAAGGGCGUCGACGAGUUUGCAGGCAGCGUGUUUAGGAUCAACGUCGGUGUGAGGGGCUUGAAGAGAUUCAGGUUCAAGGGCGGCGAGGCCAUUGAGGGGGGUAAGGUGAAUGGUGAGGUUGUGGGGGAGUAGCCGUGGUUCUCAAUGCCAUGCCCUCGCUCGGUGAUGCGUGGAGGGCACAUAUCAACCAGCUCUUAUUGUUGACGUACUCGGGGCCUUUUGUCA